AUGCUAUCUCAUAUCGUUGAGUAUGAGUGCCAAUAUACUGAUCAACUCUACAAGAAGCGCAAAAUCUGGCAUGAUGGCAGACUGAAAUAUUUCCAGAUAAAUAAUAAAUUCACGCUUUAUACGGAGAAGGAUAACAUUUUGUUAGCUAGUGAGUUCAAGACAAAUUCCAAGGAGCUGGGGGCGAUUUUAAACCCCGAAGGAUUUGAUAUUGAAGAGCAUAGGGUCUUUAGUCAGUUUUUAGUGAUAAUUUCAAGUAUUAUAGAAGAAUAUGAUAGAGAUAUUCAAGUUACAGCAUCCCAUGUCAGGACAGAUGUGCCUAAUUCAUCCUUACAAAGACAACAACUCGUCAUCUCACAAGGUGUGCCCACAUUAAAUCAUACUUCGACAGCAAGGGAAAUUCAUCCGAAGAGAAAAGUGGUAACAUCGAAAAAUAAACAGAAGAAGGACGAUGGCGCUGAGGGCGGAUUCAACAUUAGCAAGCUUACUUUGAAGGUCAAUAGGCCUUUUAAGAAGCCUAAGAGAAUAUUAGACGCUAAUGUGGUAAAUGAAUUGAAUAGGCCGAGUGUACGGAGAAAAAGGAUUCCUGAAACGAUUGCACAAGGAAAUGCAGCGAAUACUCAUAUAAAGGAGGUGCAGAAAAUAGCACGAGCCGUAUCAGGUAAAGAUAUCGCACCAUAUCAAGUGCAGACAACCCCGAAAGAAUUCGGAGGCAAAUAUGACUCCGAGAGCAGGAAAGGUAUGGAGGAGAUGAUCAAGACUGGCAUCAGGAGAGUAGGGAGGAUACGAAGAAUCGUCCAUGAGCCUCUUAACAUUUGA